AUGAAAGAAUUUACAGUAAUAUUAUAUGCUGGUGGAAAUAAUAAUUUAUCAGCAAAUUUAUCUAUAUCAAAAUGUUUAUUAUCUAUUGGAAAUCGUCCUUUAAUAUGGUAUAAUCUUCAAAUAAUUCAAUCUCAUUCAUCACUAUCAUCAUCACCAUUACUUAUAUUAACAUCUGACCAAUAUCAACAAGUUCUUGAUGAUUAUCUUUCAUCAUUAAAUAUAACUUAUGAAGUUGUUAUUUAUGGACAAGAUCAUGAAUCAACAAGUGAUGAUCAACAACAAACAGAAGAUAAAUUAGGUACAUUAGAUAUUCUUCGUUCAUACUAUUCCCGUAUUAGAACUGAAUCAAGAUGUCUUAUUACUUGUGAUCUUUUUGGAAAAGUUAAUCUGACACCAUUAAUUAAUAUGUUUAGAGUAAGAGAUGCAUCUUUAUCUAUGCUUUUACUUAAAAGAACGACAUCAAUAACAAAUGGAAAAGAAUCUAUUGUACAACCAGGAGAAAAAAUUAAAUUUACUACAGGUUAUAAUAUAAUAUAUUUAAAUAAUUUACUUAAUCGUUUAUAUGAAUGUCUUCUCUUUUUGGUUUUUUGA